AUGCCUGGUACCAUGAAAGUUUUAGGUGUUGUGUUGUUGGCGGUUGCUGCUGUGGCUAUUCCAGGGAAGCGGUGUCCUAAAAUACAAGAAGUGGAUUGGGAAAUCGAAGUGUUGCUACCGCACGGGGACUGUGAUAAAUUCUACCAGUGUACCCUCGGGGAGCCAGUAGAGAUGUCGUGCCCCAAAGGGCUGUUCUACAGCAUCCUCAAAAGGGAGUGUGAAUGGCCGGAAUUUGUAGAAUGUGGCGACCGAGUUAUCCCUGAUGCAUCUAAACCUGAUGGCGAGAAAGAAACGGAGACUACUCCAGUGCCCGACGGCGAUGAGUCUGUACAGACAGUGAAACCAGAGUUUCCGGUAGUUGAGUUCCUUCCAAACGGAUGUCCGGUGGACCCCGACGUGCAUUGGCUGUUGCCACAUGAGAAAACGUGUAAACGUUUCUAUUAUUGCGAAAGGGGUAACCGAGAACUAAGACUGUGCCCACGAAAGCUUCAUUUCAACAGGAAACGUCAGGUUUGCGAUUGGCCUUGGAACGCGGGCUGCAAUGAUUUAAGG